CGGUUAUGUGUACCGCCAUGACUUCCGUAGCUCUCGGGGCUGGUUCUGGUCGCUGGGACAAUGAUCUGCCGGUAGUAGCAAUACAGUAUUUGCAUGACGUGCUAUUAGAUCAUCACCCCAGUCAGUGACCAGCAGCAGCACCAUUGAGAGCGACGGAAAUGUACUGCCGCCAAUUCCACUCCUAGUACUUUAUCCGGAAUUCGGAUACGAGAGAUCUUUUACAGUCGUACACUGCAAAAAUGGCCGAGUUGGACGUGCUAUCGCGCGGGGAUGCGACUGGAGGCGAAUGGCUCAAUGCUCUGCGGGCAUUCAGUGACAAGUAUGGAGGUGCAUCGUCGUUCGACUGGGAUCGACAGGUCAAGCACGUUGCUGUCGCCAACGUGUGGUCCCAACUACAGAAACAAACAACGACGUCUGGCGAAGACCCGUUACUGAGCUUAACCGUGGUCAAGAUCCUCAUGCGAGGUCGCGAUAGCAUCGACGUGUUUUUAUCCGUGGAGGCGUUUGAGCUAUUCAUUCGGGUAGCCGAGCAGGCCACGGACGAAGCGGCCGCGUGUGAAGCCAUCAAAUGCGCCAUCAAUUCCGUGUAUAAACGACCAUCCUUUGUGGCCGACUUGCUCGCCACUCAAACCACCUACGACACCCUCUUCCACUUGACCAGCUUGGCGCGGCCGUUCGCAUGGCACACCCUCGUGUGGAAGUGCCUCUUGGCCACAUUCGAGCACCCUGCCGCCAUCGAACGAGUCGAGCACACAUUGCACGGCUACGCUUGCAUCCUACCUACAUUGGCUUUCUGCGUGCAAUGUCCGCACUCGUUACCCCACGACGGCGAUCGUGUCGCCCUCGCCACCGAGCUGCUCAAGGUGCUGUACGUAUUUGCCUCUGCCUGGCAGAAUGCCAUGUGCCUGCCACCGGCCAUCGAAUCGAUAGCCGACCCCGCCAUGGCUUUGCUGAGCAAUGUGUUGGCCCUGCCCAACUCGCAGUCGCUCCUCGAGCUCAAAUUGCACGCUGCAAAUGUCCUCUUGCUGGUGCAGCACCCGGCGCUGGUCGAUCGCUUCAUAUGUUACGACGGCGUCGGCCAUACGAUUGCGCUGUUGGAGUAUGUGGUACUAAAUUUUAGUACCUAACAAGGGCCAAGGGGAAGACGACGACUGACGUAACCAUGUGAUGGUCUUUGUCGUCGUAGAUUAUGAAAGUGCGCGUGGAACAUACGCAGUACGUUGGUCACUUCAACCUUUACAUGUCAUUAUAUUGUGCAUAUAUUCACCGAAAUUUGGACUUUUGGCCAAAUACCUUUCGAAUCCAUUGGAUCCUAUUUAAUCUUGUACACACUAUACUAUACAACGAACAGUAUAUAUAUGGUUUUGCCAAAGAAGUCAAACGAUUGUCUUUCGACAUUUGAUUACUAGUAUUCUGCCGAUGGCUCCAGUUUCGAAUCGAUUUGACAAUACAAGUACUUAGUUAUGGUGCUUUCAACCUAAAUUUGGUGCACGACGUCAAAUCCACCUGUAGUCGUCGUUUUACUUGAACUGAAUAUACUCACAGUGACUCCUGUAAGAUAUACGUCAAAGAAAAAGGUUCAACUGUGAGAAAUCGAGAAGUUUGGCAAAUAGACCCACGUGCAAUUUGAUUGGUCGAAAGGUCUUCCUUCGAGAAUUUCAUUGGCUACUUGGGCAUUUUGACAUCGAAUUCUUACCAAUAUCAAUAACGUUAUGAUAAGAGACCCGGGUGUGGUCGUGCCUGUGGUUAUCGGCCUCCACCAACUGGCCAAGAACAGCGUCAAGGGCCUUUCCCUGCUCCAGCAAGCCAUCUUUCAGAUCAACAACCACACAAGUGCUGAGAUAGCUCAGACAACGCCGUUGAGUGAGCUGCCCAUGAGUCCGCCGCCGCUGGUCAAAGGCUGCUUGCAACAGACCCUUUGUACGUUUAUGACGUCCACCAACACGGACUUGAAGCGCUGCGUGAGCGAAUUUCUCUUUACAUUGUGCCGCCACAACGCUCUUGAAUUCACCCAGCGCACGGGCCUCGGCAAUGCCGUCGCCCUCUUGCGCUUGAAAGGCAUCAUGUAGUAGUAGUAUUACUAGUAGUACUAGAUACGAAUAUGCUCCAAGCAUGCCAUAAAGCACGUCAAUCAAGAUACAUCCACAGAUGCAAACACCAACGGUGACAGAGACGAAUGCUAGUAGUUUACUCCU